GGCUCUCCCGAUCUGGAGAAGAUCGCAGGCUGCAUGCAUGCAAACUCCAGCCACAGCCAAGAAGGGAAAACACAUUGGAAAGAUUGAUUUAAAAACUUGGUAGCCACUUGACCCCAUUGGCUAGCCCACUGGCACCACUUGCAAGCCCCUUGGCCAAACUAACUAGCCCCUUGAUCAAAUUGACUAGCCCUUUGGUCCAAUCUGCUAGACACUUUGCUCCAACCUGCUAGCCCCUUGGCCUCAUUUGGUAGCCCCUUGGUCAGAUCUGCUAGCCCUUUCCUAGGAGCAUGUCUCGCCCGCUGUCAGACCACGAGAAGAGGAAGCAGAUCAGCGUGCGAGGCUUGGCCGGAGUGGAGAAUGUCACCGACCUGAAGAAGAACUUCAAUCGCCACCUGCACUUCACUUUGGUCAAGGACCGCAAUGUGGCCACCCCCAGGGACUACUACUUUGCCCUGGCCCACACCGUCCGGGACCACUUGGUAGGACGAUGGAUCCGCACCCAGCAGUACUACUACGAGAAGGACCCCAAGCGUAUCUACUAUCUCUCCUUGGAAUUCUACAUGGGCCGAACUCUCCAGAACACUAUGGUCAACCUGGCCCUGCAGAAUGCCUGCGAUGAAGCCACUUAUCAGUUAGGUCUGGAUAUGGAGGAGCUGCAAGAGAUUGAAGAAGAUGCUGGCUUGGGCAACGGAGGUUUGGGACGCUUGGCAGCUUGCUUCCUGGACUCUAUGGCCACCUUGGGCUUGGCUGCCUACGGCUAUGGGAUCCGCUACGAGUUUGGCAUCUUCAACCAAAAGAUCUGUGGCGGCUGGCAGGUGGAGGAGGCGGACGACUGGCUGCGUUACGGCAACCCCUGGGAGAAAGCCCGUCCUGAGUACAUGAUCCCCGUGCAUUUCUAUGGGCAUGUGCAGCACGACCAGGACGGGGUGAAAUGGGUCGACACGCAGGUUGUCCUUGCCCUGCCCUACGACACACCCGUCCCCGGAUACCGCAACAACACGGUCAACACCAUGCGCCUGUGGUCUGCCAGGGCUCCCAAUGAGUUCAACCUGAAGGACUUCAAUGUUGGGGGCUACAUCCAAGCCGUCCUGGACAGAAACCUGGCGGAGAACAUUUCCCGUGUGCUGUACCCCAAUGAUAAUUUCUUUGAGGGAAAAGAGCUGCGUCUGAAGCAAGAGUACUUUGUGGUGGCUGCCACCCUUCAAGACAUCAUCCGCCGCUUCAAAUCCUCCAAGUUCGGCAGCCGGGAUCCCGUCCGCACCUCUUUCGAUGCCUUUCCGGACAAGGUUGCUAUCCAGCUGAAUGAUACCCAUCCGUCCUUGGCUAUCCCCGAACUCAUGAGGGUCUUGGUGGACGUUGAGAAGCUCGACUGGGACAAGGCCUGGGAAGUCACUGUGCGGACUUGCGCCUACACCAACCACACCGUGCUGCCAGAAGCCCUGGAGCGCUGGCCUGUCCACCUCUUCGAGACCCUCCUGCCCCGCCACCUGGAAAUAAUUUACGAGAUCAACCAGCGCUUCUUGGAUAGAGUCUAUGCCAUGUUCCCAGGAGACCUGGACCGCUUGCGUCGCAUGUCCAUGGUGGAGGAAGGCAGUGUCAAACGGAUCAACAUGGCCCACCUUUGCAUCGUGGGGUCUCACGCUGUCAACGGAGUGGCGCGGAUCCAUUCGGACAUCCUGAAGGCCACCGUAUUUAAAGACUUCUACGAGUUCGAACCCCACAAGUUUCAGAACAAAACCAACGGCAUCACCCCGCGGCGUUGGCUGGUUUUAUGCAACCCGGGGCUGGCGGAGAUCAUUGCCGAGCGCAUCGGUGAGGACUACAUCUCCGACUUGGACCAGCUGAAGAAGCUUCUGAACUUUGUGGAAGACGAAGGCUUCAUCCGGGAUGUGGCAAAAGUCAAGCAGGAAAACAAGCUGAAGUUUGCUGCCUACCUGGAGAAAGAGUACAGAGUGAAGAUCAACCCCAACUCGCUGUUUGACAUCCAGGUGAAGAGGAUCCAUGAGUACAAGCGGCAGUUGCUCAACUGUCUCCAUGUCAUCACCCUUUACAACCGGAUCAAGAGAGAGCCAAACAAGCACUUUGUGCCACGGACGGUCAUGAUCGGAGGCAAAGCUGCCCCCGGGUACCACAUGGCUAAGAUGAUCAUCAAGCUGAUCACUUCCAUCGGAGACAUAGUGAACCACGACCCCGUCGUCAGCGAUCGGCUCAAGAUGAUCUUCUUGGAGAACUACCGGGUCUCCCUGGCCGAGAAAGUGAUCCCAGCUGCCGAUCUCUCCGAGCAAAUCUCCACGGCAGGAACGGAGGCCUCCGGCACAGGGAACAUGAAGUUCAUGCUGAACGGCGCGCUCACGAUCGGCACCAUGGACGGGGCCAACGUAGAAAUGGCCGAAGAAGCCGGCGAGGAGAACUUUUUCAUUUUUGGCAUGCGGGUGGAAGAUGUGGAAGAGCUGGACAGGAAGGGCUACUGCGCCAAAGAUUACUACGACCACAUCCCCGAACUGAAGCAAGCCAUCGACCAGCUGAGCAGCGGCUUCUUCUCUCCCAAGCAGCCAGAUCUCUUUAAGGACAUAGUCAACAUGCUCAUGUACCACGACAGGUUCAAAGUCUUUGCUGAUUAUGAUGCAUACAUGAAAUGUCAAGAGAAGGUCAACACUCUUUACAAGAACACCAAGGAGUGGACCAAGAAGGUGAUCAAGAACAUCGCCUGUUCCGGGAAGUUCUCCAGCGACCGCACCAUCGCCCAAUACGCCCGCGAGAUUUGGGGCGUGGAACCCACCCGCCAAAAGAUCCCAGCGCCCGACGACCCCCGGGAGUGAGCAUCACUCUCUCGCACCCCUUGCGCCACCAGCGACGUCAAUGGGGCACCACCUUAACUCGAAUGCUCCAAAUGCCCUCUCCUUCCUCCCACCCCAUCCAUGCUCUGCUAUUUAUUUCUCUCUCGUCCCAUCACCCUUUAAAACCCACCUCUGCUUGUCUUAAAAUAUUGGUUUUCCGCAGAGGAAUGAAAGGAGGCAAAGCUCCAUCCGCUAUAUGAUGGUCAAAGAAUGGUAUUUUAGCUUUUAAAAAGCCUGACACAUUUUGGCCUUAUCACCAAUUGGCCUUUGGAAAUAGAAACGCAUUGACUAUGUAUGAAAUGUUGGAGACCACAUGUAAUAUCCCUUUAAAUAUCUAUCUAUAUAUUCAUUUAAAAAAUCUGUUUCUAUUAUACAUAGCAAUGUUCGCAUAACAGAAAUGGACGGAGUUGCAAAUCUGUGCUCUCAGUACAAGUGAACAUUUGCUUGUCGCUUUGCCCUUCUUUGAUUUUGUCCUCCCAUGCACCUCCAUAUAUUUUUUUCUCAUGUUUCGAACACAGCCUUCCUGUAUUAUUAUUUUCAUCUUUAAAAUAAUGGGUUUCUCCAUCUCAAUUUUAUUCUGGAGGGAUGCAAGGCUUAGGGAGGUGGGUUUCGUUUUCUCAUGUCCAAAUCGGCGCAUGCCUUUUCCCCGUCAAAACAGAGCAAUGUGGGGUUUCGGAGGAAGGGCCCUUCCAGACCAGAAAGGGAAAAACACACACAAAAGAAAAUAAAAUAAAGGUUUUUAAAUUACAA